UCGGGGAGGUUAGAUCGGGUUCGCGCACCCCUCCCCCCGGAUGCGAAUGCUCGGUGGUACGGCACACCGCGACGGUCGACAGACGGUAGCGGAUACGCGGCGUGGAGUCGCGCGACUACGUCAGUGCCGCCGUGCCCCGGACUCGCGUCCUUUCUCGCGCGCUCGCUGGCGAGCGUCGAUCGUCGUCGUCGCCCCGUCGAGUCGAUCUCGCCCUCGCCCCGGUAACGGGGGCGAGCCUCGCUACGCCCGCACAUCCCAGCUCGUCGACUCUCAUCCCAUCGACGUCCCGCCGCCGCCGCCGUCGUCGUCGUCCUCGUCCUCGUCCUCGUCGUCCUCCUCGUCGUCGUCGUUGCCAGACGGACGCGCGGCUGGCCGUACCGUCGCAUCGUCGCCGUCGUCUUUCCCCGUCGUCGGCCGUCCGUGCAUCGUGCUCGCCGCACCUGUCGAUACCGUAACAGCAAAGGGAGCGAGGACGGCAAGCCAGCACCGUGUGUUCCCCGGCCUAGUGACCUGACCUUGGAUCGGUCCGACCAGAGUUUCAACGUACUCUCAACGCUCUCCAACCCUCGCCAUGCAUGGAUUUUGAACUUCCACUUCCAGUACGAGAGUCUGUGAAACUAGGCGCGACGCGGAACGAAACUCCCACAAUGUGAACGUACAAACAAACGCAAAUGCCCAACAAGGCACGGCCUCGUCAAGAGUGGUCUCCUCAAUCCCCCAUAGAUGUCUUGUGGAUGCCCCGCUCCACCAUGAGGCCGGCCGAGGGUGACGCGUCGGAUUGCAUUUUAGUGGUCGGCGUAUCCAGAUCGAAAAUGGCCGUCGCUUUUCUAUCGGUCGCCCUGCUGUCUCUCUUCCUCACCUUCCACAUACUCUACGACAGCGCCGUUUACAGCCUCCACGCGGUCUCCGCCGUCGAAGGACGCACGGUCGAGCUGGUUUCUCAGGUACGCGCGUCGCCGCCCCUCAUCUUCUCCAACUCCAAGGUUCACUUCCCGCGCACGAAUCGCCAUCUUCCCCAGGCCAUCAUAAUCGGCGUACGCAAGUGCGGCACGAGGGCAUUGCUGGAGAUGCUCUUUCUGCACCCGCAGAUACAGAAGGCGGCCGGCGAGGUCCACUUCUUCGACCGUGACGACAACUACGGGAAGGGUCUGGAAUGGUACCGCCGCAAGAUGCCCUACUCCUUCAAGGGACAGAUCACCAUCGAGAAGAGCCCCAGUUACUUCGUGACGCCCGAGGUGCCCGAGAGGAUCCGCGCGAUGAACGGCAGCGUCAAGCUGUUGCUGAUCGUGCGGGAGCCGGUCACCCGGGCGAUAUCGGAUUACACGCAAUUGCGCACGCACGCCGCGACCGCGUCCACAUUGACCAACGGCACGCCGCAACAACAGCAGCAACAGCAGCAGCAAGUGGCGCGUACAUUCGAGGAGCUUGUUAUGCGACCCGACGGUACCAUCAACGAGUCCUACAGACCGGUCGCCAUCUCCCUCUAUCACACCUAUAUGCAUCGUUGGCUGGAAGUGUUCCCCAGGGAGCAGAUUCUCAUAGUGAAUGGCGAUCAAUUGAUCGAGGAUCCGGUACCUCAGCUGCGCCGAAUCGAGAAUUUCCUCGGGCUAGAGCCGCGCAUCGGUCGGCACAACUUCUACUUUAACCACACCAAGGGCUUCUAUUGCCUGAGGAACGAGACUUCGGAGAAGUGUCUGAAGGAGAGCAAGGGGAGACGUCAUCCGCGCGUCAGUCCGAUGGUCGUGACAAAGCUGAGGAAGUUCUUCAACGAGCACAAUCAACGCUUCUACGAGCUCGUCGGUGAGGAUCUCGGCUGGCCGGAAGAAUAACCAUCGUGGAAAGUCCCGACUCGUUCGUUACGCGACGCGAGUCGCGUGUGCAUCCAGCGGCGGGCAUGAUCGUUCAAAAAUCAAAUACAUUAUCAUCCUCUAUCCCCUAUCGUCCUCUCGCCGAAGAAGGUAAUAUCGCUGCCGAUCAUCGAUGGAAAUUAACCGCGGGUCGAAGAACUGACGUCGUCGACCAAGACUCUUCGGCAUUACAUCGUUUCGAUCAGCGAUAUUCUUCGGGGACACCGACAAGGAUAAGUAAUUCAUUAUUGAUUAUCGAUUCCUUUAUUCUCGUUAAAGAGGUUUAAUGCGCUGAUGUUUCACGAUGAAAGUAUACCGGCGCCGUUAUUAGCGGGAUGCAUGCGAGACCGAGCAUCUUGUUAUUGCAUUAUCAAACAUGUAAGCGUAUAUACAAAACAGGCGCACACAGAGGAAUACACAUAUACACAUACGCGCACACACAGAGACAGACAGACACUGACACAAAAGUUACAAUAACGCCGGCCAAAAUAAAAUAGAGACGCGGAUCUGCGAGACGGACGCGAUCGCCUCGUGGAUUCGCGCGGCAUGCGGAUCACAUUGGUCCGUGACUUUACAUAUCAAUUUUACAUAUCGAUAGUUUACAUAUCAAUAGGUUAACUAGUUCGUAUGACAAAGAUUGAAUAUUUUUAUAAUCCACAUUGGAAGUUGUUAUAUCGCUUAUGUCGUUAAGGAUAUUACGUAACGCGAAGGAUUCUCGCGCGAUCAUGAAGAUCGUAAGUUUUAUUUAUCGCGCCUCGCGCAUGCACGAUUCACUACCCUAAGUAUAGAAAGAGGAGUGUAAUUAUUAUGCCAGUCUACUUUUUUUUUAGAGAAACCGAGAGAGAAAGUCGAACGCAAUAUUUUCUUUCCCGUCUCCUCUAAGUUUAUCUCUUCUCUUUCUCUCUCUCUUUUUCUCCCGGCAGAAAAACGCGAACGUUCUUCUCCAUCGUUCUCUGACACUGGAUAUUGGCGCAAGCGUUCCUCUGGGAACACGAAGAGAGAAGUAGGGUGGAAUCCGACCAACCGCGAAUAAACUCGUCAGCGGCAGCAUAGACGGAACGGUUCGCCGAGGCUUUAUCGUAGAAAUCUUUAUAAUCGAUUAUUCUCCAAAUCUCCCGAUGGAGCUUGAACAUGUAACGUUCUUUAUACGUAGUAAAUUUCUAUCGAAUGAGACCGAGUAUUACACAUGUGUAGCGAAAGCAAUGCGACAACGGGAACUCCAUCAUGAAUUUAUUACAACAGUACGAAAAGCCCUCCCUUUGUCGUUGAAAGAGCUUUUAAUUAUUACCCGGGAUAAUUAAUAAUUUGACUCGUCGUCGACGAGGAUGAUGGACGUCGCGAGACGUAACUAGUACGCUUUAAUACAAUAUGCUUGCGGAUUUUGAAAGGCACAUUAAACUUUGUAAUAACGAGAGAGAAUCAUUAUUAAAUACCUGAACAAUUUUACGGAAAUUUUUAUAUUUUUCUCAAAAUCCUCUUUUUUAAUGUGGAUCAUGGCUGAUGAGGAUCACCGACGAUUGGAGACGAUUACAAAGUAUAUAUAUGUUAUUGGGAACGCGGGGAAAACAAGGGAGAUGAAAGAAGCGAGUCGUAGUAAGCGAGAGCUUGCCGCUUAGCGAGCAGGCUCUUCUCUCGGAAGGAUACGGCGCGCUGCCAUAAAUAAUCCGCUUUGCGGCGCAAGUGAGUCGUGCAUGCGCGGCAAAAUGCACCGUGCGUUAAUUCGUGCGAUAAAUACCGAUCGCCUGGGCUCCGUUUCAGCGGCCGGAGAUCUCGGGGAAUCGGAGUAAUCGACGUUCCGAGGCCAAGUGCGUCAAUUUUCUUUGCGCCGCGAUUAUUUUCCAACGAACAGGCACUACUACACCUAUUAUCCGAUAUCUUCGCAAUUAGAACAUUUAGAACACGUUCGGUGUCAUCGACUUGGAAGCUUGAAGCAAAAAGGAGGCGAUUCACGCCGGUUAAAUCAUUUCCAACGAGAGGAGAGAGAGAACGUUUAUUCUUGGUACUGGAGCGGAAUAAGCUCCCCGAGCUUAUUUCUAUUAAUCUGUUUUCACAGUUGUGAUUAUUUAGAAGCGAAGCUCCGCUUUACGCACACCGACUUCGUUAAUUACCUCGUCGCUGCAAUUUGCCCGCCCGUCACAAAUGGGUAUAACGUUGUUGCGCGGCUCGAUCAUCGGUUUCGUCGAAAGCCCAAUCCGACGAGGUCUCGUCAACGGCAAUUUCGAGUCUCGAGCAAUUCGGGCCUCAAAGAGAGCCCGUGCGUCUCGUCGUCGUCGAUCCUCCUUUUCGCCAUACACGCCGCGCUUUGAUCAAAUCUCUGCUCUCUCUGCGGGGACUCGGUUGCAUUCGGUGUAAGUUGUAAUUUCCGCAAACAACCUUUGAUUCUCGUUGGAUUACCUCACCGGUUAGGUACGGGUUUAUAGAGCACUCGGGAUGCGAAUCUUUCGCGAUUAAUACACGAGCGAGAGAGUUUCCCCGCCGAUAGAUUAUCUCUCUCUCCCUCUAUACGCUUUCUCGAACAAUGUCGGAUCGAUAGAGUCGGAACGAGCGAGCAAUUGUUAUCGCAAGUAAAUUUUCAAUUAGCAGAUUAAUACCGCGGCGUGACCGAGGACGAAUUCGAAAACGUCACGCCAUCGGUCUUUUUGCGACUCCCCCCGCAUAAUCUUGCGGACGAAUAUUUAAUUUCCUUGACUAAUAACCGUAGCGAGUUUUGUUCGGUGCUGCACGCGUGACACGCAAUCGCUUUUCCACGGCUUUAAAACGCACAUAUCGCUCGAUAUUCCUCCUCGUGACGAGCGAAAGGGAUCGCGUUACGACUUCCGACCUCCGCGCCUAAUUAAGGAACUUGCAGACCUUCUUUAGGGAAGUCGCGGCACGGCUCGAUAAGCUAAGAAGCGUUAGCCGCGGUCACGUUAACCAUCUCGCACGCUCGGUUACGCUCGUUUAAACAGUCGAGGGAAUAUUUUUCAUUUAAUUUCGCAUUCUCUAACGAGCGAUAGCGUUUUUUUGAGAUCGCAGCGGUAUUUAAUCGCCCGAUCGAUCGUCUCCUUUCUACUUUUUCAUUUUCGAAGAGCGAGCAGAAAGAGAUUUCUCGAAUGAGAAUUGGCGCGCCGGCCAGAUAUAUAGUUACGUUUUCGAUUAUAAUAAUGUCCGGGCAACGACGAUGGAAUCGCCAAGAGCGAAAGCUCUUUGUGAACGAAUAUUAAAUUACCGCGACUUUAAUAAAUCUCCCGCCGAAUCAUCUAUCCGUUGGCCGUCGUUAAAAUUACGGCGCGAAAAAAUAUCGUCUCCGGAGCGGAGCAAGAUAAAUAUUGUUCCUUUCCGUCUCUCUCGUUACUGCAAGGGAACGAAUAGAAGUUUCAUUCCCCGGCGCGCAUCGCGCGCGAUCACGAUAUUCUCCCUCGGCCUGCUCCGCGGCCCCGGUCUCGGGCAUUCACCCCGACUUUAGUGGCGUUAACAACCCCCCUUCCCUCCUUCCUCUCGGGAGGGGGCGAGGUGCUCUCUUUUUCAUCUCUUUUUUUUUCUCCAUUCGUCGAUGUCCGGUCAAUCUACGGGGAUUUCACACGGCGGCCCUGUGCCAUUUGCCGGGGUGUCGCGCGAAAACAAAUAUUUUCAACGCCGAAGUUAGCGCGGGAGCCUCUGUAAAUAUGUCAUUUCGUUCCUUCGCAUCUUCCGGAUGAAAUAUGAAACGACAUGGAACGGCCACCUGGCGAGAUACAGAUGUCGAACGUGUAAUGUACCUUGUUACGUAUACACCGGAGGUGUCCGACGACCUAUAAAAUGUAACACACAUCGCGCUGCCAUGGAAGUAGAAAUUGAAUUGGGGUCUUUCGGAAACAGCUGCCCGCGCCCGGAUAACCCCUUUGCUUUGACUGAUCGAUAUUGCUCGCCAUUCACGUGGACGUCCAGCGAAAUGUACGCAGAUCCCGCGGAUCCCUCUUGUCCCUUUCGUCUCCAUUACGGAUGCACCCUCUACGGAGCGGAGCCGAGAUGAAUAUGUAUUUUCCAGCGAGCGCGCGGCACGCGAAAGCACUGAAAUUUAUAAAGACCCCGUAGCAGGUAUCCCGUACCAUUUCCCAAACUAUUUCCUCGCUUUUCGUGUAAUAACGAUCCCGUGUCCGAGAUAUUUAGCCUUGAAGAUGACGGACGAUUUAUUCGCGAAAAAUUCUUGUCCAAGAAAAAUCCUCCGAAACUUUCCGAGUAUUUUCCGCACACUAUAUAUAUAUAUAUAUCUCUUUCUACCUUUUUAAAUAUUUUCCGGUUCCUUCUUCUCCAUUAAUACCGAUACCCGGACAAUGAAAUAGCCUGACACGGUCGCGAGAGGCGCUUCUUUUCGCGUGUGAUGAAUAUGCAUUUUAUGCAAAAUGCAUCCGCGCUCGCCUCGACUUAAGUCGAGGAAGAAGAAGCGCCGGACUACGAAGGUAUCGCAGGAAGGAAGGGUUCGCGUAACGAUCUCGAGAAGUCGCCGCGAGUAAAGGAAUUAUACGGAAUUAUGAGGGCGUGGAUUCUGAUCUAACUAUCCGUGAAUCCGAAUAUUCAAUGCGGAGGUCACCGACCUGCGGCACUCCGGUAAAGUCCGGGAAAGGAAAUAGGAAACUGUACAACGUAUCAGGAAAAUCACGUAAGGAUAGACAAGAACGGGGAAGGGGGGGAGAGGAGAAAAAAUGUCACCCCCCGAGGGAAGAAAUUUUACGGCGCAUCGACUAUACGGGGUAUCUCCGAGCGCGUUAUACUACCGGCAUGAUAAAAUUCAGAAUCGAUUCUCCCUUAAUCGCGUAUUACUAUGCGAUACCCGACGUGAACGGCGAGUUACUUCGGGUCUCGGGGGAUAAUAAUAACGCGGUAAUCAACCCUCGAGAAGUUUCGUGGAAUGGCGGCUUAAUAAUGCACGCGAAAUGCUCCCGGUAUCCACGUGUCGAACCAAUGACGAAAUUGAAUCGCAAUAUUCGCGAUCGUUUUGCUAAAUCACGCGAUAGAUUUCGGAUCAAUAUAGGAUAGAAGCUAUUUUAGCCAUUUCAACGUUUUUUUUUUUUUCUUAAUCUCGGUUUAAAUGACUAAACAGAAGCAUUAACGUACUAAAAAGAUUUUGAAUACUGGUUCCUAUAUUACACAUUACGUUUUUUAAAAUAUUUAUUACUCUGUGAUAACGUGAUAUUAUUUGAAUAAAUAUUGUCCGUAAUAACAAUACAUAUUUUUUUUUCGUGUAGCACGGCGGAAGUAAAAAUGGUGACGCGCGGCACGAAGCUAUGGAAAAAACGCGAAAAAGCGUGAAAAUAUCGCUGUUACUACGCAAAAAUCUAAUUAAUUGCCCGUGCAAACUUUUUCACGCUUUAGAUUCCGGAACCUUUAAAAAUUUUUCGACCCGCUAUUGCCGGGCCGAAAAGCGGACACAAAGGUCAUUCGUUUGCGCAUUUCGCGCGACUGCGUUUACCGGAAAUACUCCGGCAGGACGAUUACUCGAACGUUUGAAAAUUCAAAUUUUAGUGUUGAGCGUUUUUAGAACACAUAAAUUCUUAUUCGCAUUUUAAAAAGAUACGAAGUAAAUUAAUGUUUUUGGAUGAUCUUUAUACACAACUCGAGAACGUGCGUUUGAAUAUCGAGAAGAACCGAGCUAUGUGCCCUUUGCUAAAUAAUCGAUGAGAGCAACUUGAUCUUCGUUUGUCUUCGACUCGUUCCCGUUUAUUGAUCGCAACGAUCAGUUUGCUCUAUUUUCUUCCUUACCGUUAAAUCAUUGCCUUUUACUACUAUAAACGGUAUUGGACCAGCUAAAUCCGGAAAAUUGCCAUCUAUAAGCAUAAUUAAGAAGUUCGUUUUUGCAAGAGAAAAAGAUGUAUUUUCGUCCGACCCGUCCACUUGUAAGAACUCGAAACUUAUCUCCAACAAAUAAUAAACGUCCAGUACCAAAAUACACGUGUAUCUCCUAAAAAAAUUUUGCGUCUCCAGAAAUAAAAAUAUCAAAGAGGAUAUCGAAUGAUAGGUGUCAGAUUAUAUAUAAAUAUAAUCAUGAAAAUUAAAUUAGAAACGGUGUGUACGUUUUUAUAACAACAUUCUCGAAGAGAUUGACGCGCAGGGAUAGGCCUUCGAAUCUCCCGAAGCACGAAGGGGAGGUUAGACCACGGGAGGAUGAAAGAAACCAAGACAUUAACGAGUCAACAAGGAGGGUGUAUGCAAUUAUCUCUUUUUGGGGUGGCACGCACUCUCGCGCUCGGAACGUUAGCCGUUAGUCGUUAAAAAGAAAAUACAUAUCAUACUUGAUAAGGGUAGAAUAAGAAGGUCGCUCAACGAUCCUUGGAUCACUCGAAUCUAUACUUCGACAAAUCCUUGGAUCAUUGAAUUUUCGGAUCACCGGAUCCUUGGACCGUCGCGUCGGGGAGAUCCACGGAUCAUCGGAAUCGCGAAUCAUUCCUUCGCGUCGCGCUCGCCACGAACUUGUGCGUGAAUUCAUACUCGUCGAGUGCAAUUUUGCGAGAAAAAUUGCACAUAAUUCAAUGCGGUGCAAGUCCUUCCAAUAAUACUCGAUCGCAUCACUUUGUAAUGGUACAAAAAUUCAAUUUAUGACUCAAUCGCUGAGAGACACUCAAUUCGAAAAAUGAAAAACUUAUACAAGGGUGACUAAGUCGGAGGUGAAAAGUACAAAAGACAUCAACAAGCAGCAACCUUCCAACGAGAAAGAAAUUCGCCCCGGAAAGCGAGGAAUCUAUGAAUGGAGGGACAUGUAGUGGAUCUAGGAUACAAUGUGUACACGCGCGAGUUGCAACUUGCGCUUGCUUUCCGUUCCUUCUUAUCGGCUUUCGCGAGUCAACGGCGGCAGUGGAGUACACUUUCUACCACGGACGGGGGAUAUCUCAACGAGAGAGUGUCCCCCGUCCUGCCCCUUGCCAACCGGCCCAUCCUCCUUUUCCCUUCACCUUCAUCGUCUGUAUCGUGCACCCCCGCGGGAGAGCACUGAUUUAUUUAAAAGACGAAGUCGACGCGAAGCUACCGGCUCCGUCACUGCCGGCAAGAGUCGCUCGAUUCUCGCAUCCCGGGUUUCCACUUGAAUUUUUAUUUUACAAAUUUUUGUCUCUUCCGGUACACGUGCCGAUUUAUUUCCCCACAGUCAUUCACAACCGACUUUCCCUAUAUUUGGCUCGCUAAAUUUACCGCGUAGUAAACUCGAACUAAAAUUUACAUUUCCAAUUUGAACCUGUGCCCGUAGCUAAAUAUACUCCGCUUUCAUAAUUUAAGUUCGAAGUCAAACUUUAUCGGCGAUGAUUCAGACAUUAGAUUAUGACUAAUAUCUUCAAUUCUCAGCUGCUUGUAAUUCGAGCUUUAUUAAUACCUCGACUUUUAACCACACCACCAUUUUUCCCCGCGUAGACUGCAACAGUAUCUAUGCAGAUAUCUCGCGAGUAAUCCUCCGAGGAAAUUUCUCCGAUCAGGAACAAAUGGCGGAAGAACAGUGUAUAUACGUGCGCGCUCUUUGUUCGCCUAUAAGAUUCCGUUUUGUACCACGGGAGAACGUGGCGGGCGCAAUCGGCGCUCUGUCGACAAAAUAUCAGAUAUCUUAUCGAGAUGACAGCUUCUUCGAUGACUCGAACGCCGUUGUUGUUAUCUUUCAAGUUGUUCGUCUCGUAAGAACUUUUGAUAUCGCUCGCGCGAAGAAUGCUGUAUCAGAGGUGCACAAACUAAUGCGCAUUCAGCUCGAUUUAGACCGGUUUGUUAUUUUUUUGAGACGUAUAAAUCGAAUUAAGUUAAGAUAUACGAUGUUCUAAAGCACGCUGCACAUCUUUAUUUGCCAAGAGAAACGUAUAAUUAUUAUGUUGUAAUAAUAUAUGUAAGUAUAAUAACUUAUUAUUAUGUUAAGAUAUCAGAAAAGUCAUGUCUACUUUAUAAUUAUUAUUAUAUUACCACUCUCCCUGUGAUGUCAAAUUAGCAUAUCGUAACUUUUGUUCCCGCAAUAUUAAGUGCAAUAUGUCGUUACUACCACUGCAAUCUAUUUUUAUAAACGGUAAAAAUUGAAACAGCGAGAGACGAUCCAUUAUCGGUUUAUAUCAAACUGGUGAAUAAUGCGACAAGUGGGGCCAGUAUCCUUUUUUUGGAAGGAAAGAUAGUUAACCAAAGAAAGAGUGUUAAGGAUUUAGUUGGUCUCAUUCGAUCGCUCGUUUAUUUAAGUAUUUUACCAUGUCACUUGUGUGCGAUUUGUGUGAGAUUUCCGUAUUCUUUGUCCGGAUGACAAAAAGCGAGUUUGCGCGCCGCUGGUAAGGCGUAAGGAUAGACGUAAGAUAGAUUUACAAAACCGUAGCUAUACGUUAAGCAAUAAGCCACGCUAAAAGAGAAAAAAAACGAUACAUAUCAACAAUUGCCUGUACGGCGUACACGAUGUCGUUUCUCGACACGUGAGCCGGAUUAAGCGAAAAAAAAAAAAGAAGAGUGUCACAAAAGCGAGGUGUCCGUGCGGAACCGAGAACGAUCGAGAAGCAAUCGCACAAGUUACGGGGGUUGAGGGAUAACAAAAUAUCUUAUAUCGCAAGAUUUUUCUGAAAAUGUAAGUAUCCGAAUGUUUGCGAGACUAUAUAGAUGGCGGAGAUGAAACUUUUAGAAAACAUUUCGUCGAUCUUUUUAUGGCGAGCAUGUAAUCAAGCUGGACAUUCCGUGCACAUUUACAGAACGUGUUUUCGUAUUCUCUUUCAUUCGUAGUGUUUUUAUAAGUACAUCGGGUUCAAACGUAAAAAGCUUGUAUAUAUAUCUUUUUAUAUAUAUAUAUAUAC